AUGGCUUUCAUUCCUGUCGAUAUCUACAUCGACGACAUCAAUAGUUUUCGUCCUGAUUCUGAUUCAGAAUCUGAAUCUCAAGGAGAAAUACUCGUUGAUCAUCCCAAUGGUGAUAUCAAUUCGAAUGAUAGUAGUUACAAAUAUGACGUUCCAGAGAAUAUCCAACUCGAUGAUUACCAACUCGAGCAUGGCGUGGGUCAUCGACAGCUCGUUCGCAAUGGUUACAUUUACAAGCUCAAUCGACAGACAUCUGCAAAGAUGUAUUGGAUUUGCAAACAUCAAGGUUGCACCGCCACUGUUCAUACUGAUAAAACUGAUAAUUAUCUUCAGUCAAACGGUGAACACAAUCAUUUAAUCGAGCCGGAAGAACUCGAAGUUCAACUGUUUCGAAUAGCUUUGAAGGAUCGUGUUAUCAAUGAAACGGCCCCCAUUCCAAAGAUAUUCGAUGAAGAGAUCGCUAAAGCUCGAUUUUCACCUAAUGCACUUGCUAAUGUUCCAAUGUUUCGUGAUAUACGUAAGAUUCCGUUUCUUAUAGACUUCAUACUUGUGUUACUUUUCUUAUUUAGAACCCGGAUUGAACCAAGCGAGAAGAAAAC